ACAGCAAAAUGGCGCCAGAACCAGUGGCGGGCUGAGGCCGAGAGCGCUGUCUGAAGCCAGCCCUGCGCUCCCCGGCCGCCCGGCCCCUCCCGGACAUGGAGGACGUGGAGGCGCGCUUCGCCCACCUCUUGCAGCCCAUCCGCGACCUCACCAAGAACUGGGAGGUGGACGUGGCGGCCCAGCUGGGCGAGUAUCUAGAGGAGUUGGACCAGAUCUGUAUUUCUUUUGACGAAGGCAAAACCACAAUGAACUUCAUCGAGGCUGCACUGCUGAUCCAGGGCUCAGCCUGUGUCUACAGUAAGAAGGUGGAGUACCUCUACUCGCUGGUCUACCAGGCUCUCGAUUUCAUCUCUGGCAAGAGGCGAGCCAAGCAGCUCUCCUCAGCACAGGAAGAUGGGGCCAAUGGGACCGCCAGCUUGGAGGCCCCCCAGGAGGCAGAGGAUGAGUUCCUGUCGCUGGACGACUUCCCUGACUCCCGUGCUAAUGUAGAUCUGAAGAACGACCAGGUGCCCAGUGAGCUUCUUAUUGUCCCUCUCUUGCCCAUGGCCCUGGUGGCCCCUGAUGAAGUGGAGAAGAACAGCAGCCCUCUGUACAGCCACCAGGGUGAGGUCCUGGCUAGCCGGAAGGAUUUCAGGAUGAACACGUGCACCCCUCACCCCAAAGGGGCCUUCAUGCUAGAGCCAGUGGGCAUGUGCCCCAUAGAGCCUGUGGGCACGUGCACCAUACCAAGAAACCAGAAGGAUGCCAGGAGGGCCGAGGAGCAGCCAAUGGACGUCUCUGGGUGCCGGAAUUCUGUCACUGUGCCUGACUUCUCCCAGCAGCCAGGCACCGCUCCAGAAGGCCUAGCGCCCAGCAGUGGAGAUGAGGAGGAGGAGGAGGAGGUGGCGGAGGCGGCGGCGGUGGUGGUUGACGCAGUAGAACUCCCAGAGGCCAGAGCCCCCAAGGCCACAGUGGAGCCUGAGGAGCCCAGGAGCCCCCACCAGAGUGCCGUCCUGACCAGGAGGUACAUGUUGCGGGAGCGGGAGCGAGCCCCGGACCCCAUGUCCCGGCUAAAGGAGACCCCAGACCCUUGGCAGAGCCUAGACCCCUUUGACUCCUUGGACUCCAAGCCCUUUAAGAAAGGCAGGCCGUACUCUGUGCCCCCCUGUGUGGAGGAGGCUCCAGGACAGAAGCGCAAGAGGAAAGGCACUGCCAAGCUACAGGACUUCCACCAGUGGUACCUGGCCACCUAUGCUGACCACGCUGACAGCAGGAGGCCCCGGAGAAAAGGCCCGACUUUUGCAGACAUGGAGGUUCUGUACUGGAAGCAUGUGAAGGAGCAGCUGGAGACCCUCCGGACACUGCAGAGGCGGGAGAUAACUGAGCGGUGGCUGCCUAGGGCUGAAGAGGGCCUGUGGCCUGCAGAGGAUGACCGCCUGGAGGAGUCCUUGGAAGACCUGGGGGCAACAGCAGACGACUUUCUGGAACCUGAAGGGUAUGUGGAGCCCGAGGAGGCAAAGCCUGGGGAGGCUGCUGACCUGGAGGCAGAGGCCAUGCCAGAGUCCCUGAGCUACGAGGAGCUGGUUCGAAGGAAUGUGGAGCUCUUCAUCGCCAACUCCCAGAAGUUUGUCCAGGAGACAGAGCUGAGCCAGCGCAUCAGGGACUGGGAAGACACCAUCCAACCCCUGCUCCUGGAGCAGGAGCAGCAUGUGCCCUUUGAUAUCCACACGUACGGGGACCAGGUGAUCUCACGAUUCCCCCAGCUCAACAAGUGGUGUCCCUUUGCAGAGCUGGUGGCAGGCCAGCCUGCCUUUGAGGUGUGUCGCUCCAUGCUGGCCUCCCUGCAGCUGGCCAAUGACUACACGGUGGAGAUCAGCCAACAGCCAGGGCUGGAAGCAGCUGUGGACACCAUGUCUCUGAGACUGCUCACUCACCAGCGAGCCCACAAGCGCUUUCAGACCUACACGGCUCCCUCCAUGGCCCAGCCCUAAGCAGAAGCUGUGAUGGGAGGGUGGGCCAGUUCUCCCUGUGUGCUGAGAGCUUGCUUCUGCCUCCUGGCUGGCCCAGCCUAAUAAAAGUUGUGUUGCCAUCUCACCUACCCUUAAAACAAAA